GCCCUGCCCCGCCCCGCCACGCGCGAUGUCCCGCAGCCUGCACGCCGCCGCCGCCGCCGCCGCCGUCCUCCUGCUCCUCUGCUUACUGGAACAGCCGGCAGCCCCGGCCCCGCUCCACGGAUCCAAGUGGAGCUAUUUUGGUCCCGAUGGGGAAAAGAGCUGGUCCAAGAAGUACCCGGCAUGUGGGGGUAUGCUACAGUCCCCAAUAGACCUGCACAGUGACAUUCUCCAGUACGACGCCAGCCUUGUGCCCCUGGGGUUCCAAGGCUACAAUGUUUCUGCCAACGAGCAGUUUAUCCUGACCAACGACGGUCAUUCAGUGAGGCUGAACCUGACCCCGGACAUGCACCUCCAGGGCCUCCAGUCCCGCUACACUGCCACACAGCUGCACCUGCAUUGGGGGAACCGGAAUGACCCGCACGGCUCCGAGCACACUGUCGGUGGGAAGCACUUUGCCGCAGAGCUGCAUAUCGUCCACUAUAACUCAGACCUGUACCCCAACGCCAGCAGCGCCAGUAACAAGUCAGAGGGCCUCGCCGUUCUAGCUGUUCUCAUAGAGAUAGGCUCCUUCAAUCCGUCUUAUGACAAGAUCUUCAAGCACCUUCAAGAUGUAAGAUACAAAGGCCAAGAGGUGCUCAUUCCAGGUUUCAGCAUUGAAGAGCUGCUCCCUGAGAGGCCCGAUGAGUACUACCGCUACAAAGGGUCCCUGACCACACCCCCUUGCCACCCCACAGUGCUCUGGACAGUUUUCCGGAACGCUGUGCAAAUUUCCCAGGAGCAGCUGCUGGCUUUGGAGACUGCUCUGUACUACACAUACGUGGAUGACCCAUCCCCCAGAGAAAUGGUCAACAACUUCCGGCGGGUCCAGGAGUUUGAGGAGAGGCAGGUGUACAUCUCUUUCCGACAAGUGCAAGACCUUACGUAUGCAGGACUGAGUCUGGGCAUCAUCCUUUCAGUGGUCCUGGCUGGCGUUCUGGGCAUCUGUGUUGUCCUGGCGGUGUCCAUUUGGCUUUUCAAAAGAAAGAAGAGCAAAAAAAGUGACAACAAAGGAGUCAUUUAUAAACCAGCCAUCAAGAAGGAGACUGAAGCCCAUGCCUGAGGCCCCAGAACUUUCAGGCACAUCCAAGGAAGGACUUUGCUUUGGACACUACAUACUGUGGCUCCCUAAACAUUUGAAAUACCUAAGGGUUCUCUGAAGCCCAACCCACAAAUGCCCCAGACCCAUGGGGGGCCUGUAGGUGGGUGCCCUGCCAUUCUGAUGCCACAGCCACUGCCAGGACGAUCUGUGGAUGGGAAGAACUCGCUAAAGAGGCAGGAACUCUGAGCUGUCUGCUUCAUCUGUGUGAGACCAUUAAGUUGUUUAGAUUCUGGGGGGCAUAAACCAAGUCACCCACUGGGCCUGUGAUUGGUCAGAAAACAUUUUCAUCCAGGGAUUCCCUUUAGUGUGGUUUCAAGGAUCUUGGAAAUUCUGCUUCUUGUCCAAGUUUUCAGACCAGAAUGUAUACUCUUUGCUUAGAUUUUGCUUCUGAGACUCAGUUUCUUUCCUCAGGGAAGGGGGGGUUGUUGUCUUCCUCUGAUUCCUUCUGCUGUGACAAAACUUAUGGUCUGACCUUACAACUGGAAGGAAGAAUGAUACAGGAAGGUUCAAGGUAUCAGAGACAAAAAGAAAACAAAAGAUAGUCUUUGAAACACAGUAGAGGCAUAUCCAAAGUCCUGUCCUUUGGAUCAAAAGCACUGAAUGGACCCGAGAUAGAGAGACUGAGAAGACACAUAAGGUCUGGAGGAACUCACUUUGGAGUCAGAACUGGAGUCAGAAGUUGUCUGUCAAGUCACAAGCAUGAGGACAACAGAAUAUUAAGCCCAAGGCCAACCUCCUGUCAGCAGCACAAUUAUGCUUUGUACUUUACAGACUUGAUAAAUGAUCAGGCUAUUCCUUGAAAAGCGUUGUUGCUUUCUCUAUCCUAGAGUAGACAUGAGUUCUGAGAUGACCCAAACCACUUUUGAAUCUAGAGGAAAUAGGCAGAAGCAUAUUGACUGAAGAGCUUUGUCUGCUGCCCAGAUUUCAUUUUGGCCACUUCUGUGGUGUCUCUACUGCCAAUGUGGAAUCGAGACGUCCCUACUUCCCUGACUUGGAGGAUGCUGAGUCACGUCUUGCUUGAAAUCUGUUUCAAGAUAUGAAAGCAGGAAGUUAUCUGUGCAGGGUGGGGACAUCAUGGUAUUUAGGGACCAAUAAUAACAGAAUGUUACAAAGAUACUUCAUGGUCUUCUACCUGAGUCACAGUUUCUGUGAAGGCUUAACUCUUUCAUCGAUGCAAGGAUCCCAUGAUGACCAGUUAGCUCCAUGACUGAGAAGGAGCCUCCACUACCAAUUUCCAACCUCUCAUGGCCAGCACUUUGCAGUUCAUGGAGAACUUUCUGAUUCCUGGUCUCAUUUUGACAGCACGGAAUGUCCUAUCAAAGCACAAGUUUCUUUAUAACAUCUUUUUCCUUCUACUCCUCCCUCUCACUCUGAAAACAAUCUUCUCCCUUCUCUACCAUCAUGACUUUUUAUAGCGGUGGCAAGCCCCCCAAGGCUUUGUAGUGAGUUUGCUAAACCGAGUUACAGAAGGCCUAAUGAACACUCAGAUGUGUGUGUGCACGAGGUCUUUGACAGCCUGGGAGUCUGGGUGGCAUCCUCACCUUGCCUUUAGCAUUCCUGAUGCUGACCAAAUGACAGCAGGGAGAAGCCUCAUGACAGAGUGACGUGAAUUAGAUGAUGCUUCCUUGGACUUGGCCCAAAGUUGCCCAUCAGAAACCAACAUAAAUUACUCCAGAGCCCUGGGACUAUCUA